UAUAUUGUGCCACGUCGAAAUGCGAGUCUAUAAGAGCAACCAUAACGGAGUGAGGGUUUGGUUGAACAUCUAGCUUCAAUAUUGCCCUUGCACUAGAAUGCUCUUCCUUGGCUUUCUUCUCCUAUUGCUGCAUCUCGCACAUGCUGCAUCCAUAAUCUCGCGGUCCCAUUCCUUUCCACUCAACUCUCGUUCGAUUACCCUGGGCCCUGAAACCGACCUAGUAAUUGCUAAUAAACUUAUAGCUCCAGACGGGUUCGAGCGCUCUUCAACUCUCGCCGGAGGAACGUUUCCGGGUCCAAUUAUUGCAGCCAAGAAGGGUGAUAAAUUUGCGAUCAACGUUGUGAACAAACUCACCGAUGAUUCAAUGUUCAAAAGUACCAGUGUGCACUGGCAUGGAAUCUUUCAGAACGGGACCAACUAUGUGGAUGGAGCCGCAUUCGUUACUCAAUGCCCCAUUGCGCAAAACGGCUCGUUUCGAUACUCCUUCGAGGCUCGGAACCAGGCGGGAACCUACUGGUAUCAUAGCCACUACUCGACGCAAUAUUGCGACGGCCUGCGUGGGGCUUUGAUUAUCUACGAUCCCGAAGACCCUCUGUCCUACCUAUAUGACGUUGAUGAUGAGACCACUGUCAUUACCCUUUCUGACUGGUACCAUGUGAUUGCCCCUGUUUUAAACCAUUUUGUCACUGUCGAUGGUAAUUCAACACUGAUUAACGGUCUCGGUCGGUACCAAGGGGGGCCCAACUCCGAACUUGCGGUGGUCAAUGUCGAGUACGGUAAACGAUAUCGCUUACGCAUCAUAGCAAUGUCUUGCGACCUCAAUUUUGUGUUCUCCAUCGAUAAUCACGACCUGACGGUCAUUGAAGCUGAUGGCGAGCUGACGGAGCCCCUCCUUGUGGACUCGCUCCAGGUACUUUCCGGACAGCGAUAUUCUGUCGUGCUGAAUGCGAAUCAGCCAGUCGACAAUUACUGGAUACGAGCACUCCCAAAUAUCGCGAACUCGACGUACGACGGUGGUCAAAACUCGGCCAUCUUGCGAUACCAUGGCGCACCCGUUGCAGAGCCAACUACGAGCCAGACCCAAAGUACCAUGCCACUCCUCGAGACCAACUUGCAUGCGCUCAUUAAUCCCGGCGCACCUGGUAUCCCGGGGUAUGGAAAGGCGGAUAUCAACUUGAUGAUGAUGGUCAACAAAACCAAUGGAAUAUUCUAUAUCAACGGCGUUGCCUUCCAGCCUCCGUCGGUGCCCGUGCUGCUCCAGAUCCUCAGCGGCGCACAAGAGGCAACCGAUCUCCUUCCAGACGGAAGUGUUUAUGUUUUAGAGCCUAACAAAGUCGUUGAAUUGACGAUGAUAAAUGGUGAACCCCGUGGUCCCCAUCCCAUUCAUCUUCACGGCCAUAGUUUUGAUGUCGUGCAGAGCGCUGGCAACAGCUCUUUCAACUAUGUCAAUCCCGUGCGCAGGGAUGUAGUAUCCAUCGGACUUCAAGACCAACAGAUGGUGAUCAGAUGGGUCACAGAUAACUCUGGUCCAUGGUUCCUGCAUUGUCACAUCGACUGGCAUCUUGAGGCUGGUCUUGCUGUAGUUAUGGCCGAAAGUCCCUCAGAGACUCAGAAGUAUCUCCACCACUUACCCAACACAGAUGCAUGGCAAAAUCUCUGCCCAACAUUCAACUCGUUAACCCCAGCUCAGAUUGGAGCAGAAAAUUCGUAUCGGGAAGCAGAAAAUGUGGCCAUUGCCUCAGGAGAAAAUAUUACCACAGCACUGUUUCCUAUGUAAGAAACGGCGGUACCGUAAUCCUUACCUUUGUCAAAAUCUAAAUCUUCACAAUUUGAUCGUCUUUCCAUCUAUCACUCGAAGCAAUGAUGAUCCCGAUAAGGGGAUGUAUAGCG